CGUCAAAGCUACCUUCAGCCUCGCGUUCUACCUUCUCAAAUGAUAUCUAUCAAGGCGAAAGCGCAAUAAUGGCGACAAACCAUUUUCCCAUAAUCAUAAAUUUAGACAUUGCUGUAUUAUAGUUCAGCUAGUGUGAUGCGCAUACAGUCGCGAGUUCCUUUAUUCAAGGUUUUCUUAUGCACGCAUAAGCUAGUUUGAUACCUACCUUGGUCAUAGUGGGACACUAUAGCUACCUACUUAUCUACCAUAACGAUCUUUUUCUUCACGAACACUUCUUCUACAACUUACGAUCUUUCUACGGUUUUAUACUGCAAUCACGGUUUUGGCGACCACUUUUCCUUUUAGCCCCAAGAACUUUAACAACUAUCUAAUAGAUCAACUUUCAAGCUACGAUUUUACGAUUUCUCGGCAUCAUCAACUACUCACGAGCGACCACGCCUUCUGUUUGUGUAGCGCAUCGUCGAAACGUUGCUCAUUUUCCAACACAAGUAUCAAAAUUCUAGUGAAUGCGAAGACAAUACAUAUGCAAUAGCUUGGUUCUAUAAAUUUGAGUCUGUUGCUGGCACUCGCCUUCGGCAGACCGGGCAGCGCAUUUCUGGCCGCAUAAAUCGAACGCCAGCAGAUCACUUUGUUCAAUUCAAUUUGAAACAAUCAGUUGUAGUCCACAAUACGCGCCGAUUUUGGGUGGAUAUUUACGAAAAUGCCUGCGCUAUUGCUGAAUCACGACGACCGCGGAGUCGCACCUGUCACGAUGGAGGAACCUGCGGAUUAUGGCUUCAUAGUAGUACAUCAAAAGGUUGAACUUGAGGUUGAUUUCUCAACGAAAACCUUGCGAGGCAAAACCGAAAUCCAAAUUCUCCCACAAACGAAGGAACUCCAGACAAUACAUAUUCAUGCUCGACAGUGUUCUAUUCCACAGAGACAAGUUCUGGUAAAUGGUCGAAUUGCGUCUUUCUCGUACGAAGACCCCCACAAGAAAAUGGAAGUUCCCGACUAUUUUUCAUGGGAUACAGAAUCACAUAAGAUGCAAAGCGACAGAAUAAAGUUCAUGGCUUCGGACAACAAGCUAGCAGGUACAAUAGAGAUUGAGUUGCCAGAUAGUGUGAAGAUUGAGGAAGUUGAUCCAUUCUCGGACAAGGCAGCAACACCAGUCACGCAACGUGCUGGUGGUGCAGCUGUAAUUCGCAACUCUUCUGUCGCUCUAGAAGGAGGUCCGGUUGUUGCUCCCGCUUUUAUUGCAAAAACAGCUGCAGAGCAAGCUUCUAGAUUUCAACCCUUGACUAUUACUAUCCCUUUCGUUACCACACGAAUUCGAGAUGGUUUACAAUUCGUUGGGGUUGAGGAAGGAGAUGUUAGGUUUCCUCACGUCUAUACCAAACAUUCUAUGGAGCGAGGCGUCGCAUGCUGUAUCUUCCCCUGUGUUGACGAUUCGGCGAUGAGAUGUUCGUGGGAUAUUUCCAUAAAAUGUUCGAGAACUCUUGGAGACGCACUAAAGCGGCGGACCAACAUCCACAGCCACAAGUACGGGCAUACCAAUGGAGCUUCUGAGAAGAUGGACAUUGAAGAAGCCUUCCUCAGCGAUGAGGAGAAGCUGCUCGAGAUGGCAGUAAUUUGCUCUGGUGAACAAGUUGAUGAAGUGAUUGAUUUGGAUGAUAGUUCUAAGAAGAUCGUAUCAUUUCAAUGCACUUCUGAUAUAUCUGCAACACAUGUAGGUUUCGCCAUUGGUCCGUUUGAACAGGUCGAUUUGUCAGAGUACCGAGAGGGCGAAGAUGAAGAACGACUUGGACAGGGACAAUCAACUGCCAUAUAUGGAUACUGCCUCCCGGGAAGAACGGAAGAGCUGAGGAAUACUUGCGCACCAUUGGCUCACGCCAUUGAUCACUUUGUCCUCACCUUGGGCAGUUUCCCAUUUUCAGAGUCAAAAUUUGUUUUUGUUGAUGAUCAGGUAAAUGAUACGGAGCAUACCGCAUCACUAUCCCUUUGCAGUAGUCGACUCUUAUUUCCGGAAGACAUCAUCGAUCCAGAGAUGGAUACCGUCAGGAAACUUGUUCAUGCUAUAGCUAGCCAGUAUGUUGGUGUUAGCAUUGUGCCAGACCGACGUUCUGACAGGUGGCUCAUUGUUGGUAUCUCCCAUUUCAUGACAAACACAUUCAUGAAGACCCUUUGUGGAAAUAACGAAUUCAUGUUCCGUCAGAAACUGAAUACAGACCGGCUUGUUAAGCUGGAUAUUGACAGACCAUCCCUGCAUGCCCUAGGUGAGAUUGUGGAUGUCUGUGACGCCUUUCGAGAGUUCAUGGAGUUGAAGGCACCGCUCGUUCUGUUCAUUUUGGACAAACGUAUUGCCAAAGCACAAGGAGGCACUGGUAUCUCAAGAGUCAUCUCUAAGAUGAUUGUAAACGCAAAUGCUUCUGGAGGCGCCGACUCUACAAUCUCGACGGAAGGGUUCCGUAAGAGCUGUGAGAAAAUCACCAAGUACAGAGAUACUGAUUCCUUCUUCACUCAAUGGGUUCUUGGCGCAGGAUGCCCACACUUUACUAUCACACAAAAGUUCAACAAAAAGAGAUUAUGUGUUGAAAUGACCAUUACACAAACCCAGGCGAACUCGGAGACAGAACUUAAGUUGCACAAGGAUGGCUUCUACAGAUCUUUCAAGGAAUCGACAGCUGGAGUAAUUGCACCAAAGGCACAGAACGCAUUUACUGGACCGUUGACCAUUCGAAUUCACGAGGCUGAUGGUACUCCUACGAACAUAUAGUUAUGAUCAGAGAGAAGAUCAAGAAUUGAAAUUCCGUACAACACCAAAUACAAGCGCCUUAAGCGCAAUAGGCGUAUGAAGGAACGUGCAAAUGCAGGCAUUGCCAUGGAUAUCAAUGCCGAGAACCAUGACGAUGCUCUCAUCUACUGCUUAGGGGAUGUUCUCCAGUCACCGCAAGAUAUCCAAGAGUGGGGUUUACGAGAUUGGGACCCAGCCACAGAAGCCAAGAUGGAAGCCGAAUCGUAUGAAUGGAUUCGUGUUGAUGCUGACUUUGAAUGGAUAUGCGAUAAGAAAUUCACUGGUAUGGAGGCAUACAUGUAUGUUUCUCAACUUCAGCAAGACCGCGAUAUCUCGGCUCAAUAUGAGUCGAUGGCGUACCUGGAUAAUGCUCCUCCUCAUCCGCUCGUUGCCACAUUUUUGAUUAGAACUUUAAUGGACCGGCGCUAUUUUUAUGGCAUUAGGACAAUGGCUGCAAAGUCUCUUGCUAAACAUGCUGUAGAGAAAGACGUAAAGUGGAUAGGUCUGACUCACCUCGAAAAGGCUUUCCAAGAGUUCUUUGCUACCCUGGUACAAAGAUGCCUAGAUCGAAUGACUUUUCCGAUAAGCAAGCUUAUUGGAUCGAAUGCGCCAUUCCCGAGGCUAUGUCAAGGGUCAGAAGCUUAUACGAUUCUCUCUGCCCCAAAAGAGCGCGACAGUUCAUACUUGACCAGCUUCGCUUCAACGACAACGGAAACAAUGACUAUUCGGACAACUUCAAGGUUGCAAACCUUUUAAAGUCAUUGGCAGACUCAUUGAUUCCUGGUGAUAAGGGUAUCAAUAACGAUGCACUUCAACUUGACGAGGCCGAAGAAAAGGACGAGCCUCGGGAGUUCAAGAAUAUCGUUUUGGAGGAGCUUGACAGAUAUAGUAGGAUGGAUGAGUGGAUAGAUUCAUAUCAGAAUAUCUAUACCAUCACAGUCAUAGAGUGCAAACUGAAGUUGAUGAAUGCAGGUGUCAUACCAGUGGAUGCACUUGACUUUGCUCAAUACCUUCACGACGGAAGUUCUCCAAAUGUACGAAUCAAAGCGUCUUGGGCACUUGCUGACCUUGGAUUCUUGAAAAACACUGCUGUGGCAUGUCUACUCGUGACUGCUAUGAGUACAGAUCCGUCGCCAUGGGUUCGAGGUGAACUUACAAAGGCGUUCUAUUAUGGAUUGGGAGUCCUGGGACUUGGUGAAUACAAAACUAAACGAGUUGCCGCUCCUGUGGCCAAGGAUGGCUUAAUUAUCGAAGAAGCAUCCACGAGUGCACGACAGGAGCAAGCAGAGCGGAGUAACAUAAUAGGUGCGCUUGCUUCGCUAAAGUUGGAAGUCGGCGGAAACACUGAUUUGAAAAAUGCCUUGUGGAAAGCUGUCCUAUCUCCUGUGAUUACUGUGGCAGAGCAAAUGGAUUUCCUUGACCUCUGCACCAUGUUUUGUUACCCUAAAGAGUCUUUGAAUUUGAAGCUAAAGUAUCCUCGUUAUUGGAGAGCCGAACACCGCGGGAAGGUAUGUCAUACGAGAUUUUUAGCGUUGAUGCUUUUAUACUAAUUUUAUCUAGGGUCGAAUGGUUUUAAAAACCAAAAAGUUCGUACAACUAUCGUGGAAAGAAUUGUUCCAAGCAAGAUCAAAGCCCUUGCUGCCCCCAGCCACCUGUACCCUCACCCACCGUCGCCGCUCCUCUGUAGGACCAUCAGCAGAGAGACCAACGAUGCCUCUUAAGCUCAAGAUUGGCAAUUCUUCUGCCCUGAAGCUAAACAAUUCACCUGCUCUGAAGCUAGGCAAUUCUUCUGCUUUGAAGUUAAGCAAUUCACCUGCUCCAAAGGUAGCUAAUCCACCUGCUCUAAAGCUUGGCAGUUCACCUGCUCCAAAGCCAGCUAAUCCACCUGCUCUUAAAUUUGGCAGCUCAUCUUCUGGGCUCAAGAUUGGCAGCACAUCUACUGGGCUCAAGGUUGGCAGCCCAUCUACUGUAGUUCCUAAGCAUCCAGGCAUUUCAGGUUCAUCUGCUGCAACGCCUAAACAUCCCAACUCUUCUGGGCCAUUUGCUGGACCUCCUAAAACUUCUAGCUCUUUGGGGACAACUAAACAUUCUAGCUCAGUACACAGCUCUGCAGGAACAUCAAAACCCCCUGGCUUAGUAAAACUCUCAAGUUCUUCAGGAGAUAUGAAACCACCCAAACGACCUCUUCCGGCAGAUAUUGCGGAGAGUUCUAAUUUAUUACACAAGGAUAAGAAACAAUUUGAGAGUUUCAAUUCAUCACACAAGGAUAAAAAGCCAGCAUUGAUUGUCAAACUCAAGGUUCCUGCUUCCAAGUUAAAGCGGAUUGUCUCAUCACCUCGUAACUCUAAGACAAAAGCUCCUUCCUCAUCUCCAUCCAUGUCCAAUCCGAGACGGCCGUCCCCCAAGCCAUCACCAAAGCCAUCCUCAAAACCUUCGCCGGCAUCAACACAAUCGGUCAGAGCUAGCCCUGCUCUUGCUUUUUCCUCUAGUUCAUCGGGUCACACAUCAUCAAAUGUCAAGAAGCCAUCAAGUUCAAUUCACGUCGCAGCACCUAUCCGGAAACCUCUUCCCGAAGGCCGAAAACCUUUACCAGAUUCGGCACAUCAUCUUCCCUCGGCACCCCCUACCCCUGCCGAUGUACCCAAAAAACCAACCAUCAAACUCAACUUUAAACCUAAACCCAAACCUUCAUUCUCUUGAUUUUAUUAUUUUUAUAGAAACAGAGAAUGGAAAUUCCUUCGUCUUUCCUCACCUCUUUCAAAGCUUUUCUUUUUCUUUCGGCAUUUAAUUGGUCUGCAUUUAGUGAACAGGCGUCUCGGCAAUAGUCUUUCAGCAAAUUUGCAUUUGGGGGGAACCGGAUUCGUUUAUUAUCGAGGAGGUGUUUAUCAGGAAAAGGAAGAAGAAAACUGGGGCGUUUGUGUGUGAACCUUUUUAUUUCGCGCAUAGGCAUGUUAUCAUGACGUGAAAAGAGAACAUGAGCUUUUACGUUCUUGGAAGAUCCUCCAGAAGAGAGGAUUGAGUCGAGAAUUAGUGAGGGCAGCAAAGUAGUUAAUGAAUGCACAAUUCAGAUAGUUUACUGUCUCCUUUUUUAUUUAUGCGAUAUAUUUCAUGUGAUGUGAGUUUUAUAAGGUGACGCGACU